ACUCCGAAGUUGCGCCGGACCUUGGCCCUGACAGUCGGAGCUUCCAGCGCGAUCCGGCCGUCCUCCCGCUGUCCUCCCUCUGUCCGCCGUCCUCAGCCGCCCUCCGUCCUCCGCUCCCAGCCCUCCGCUCCCAAUCCAGCGUCGGCAUGACGGGCUCGCUGUUCAAGGGGAACUUCUGGAGCACGGACAUUCUCAGCACCAUCGGAUAUGACAGCAUCAUCCAGCAUCUGAACAAUGGGCGCAAGAACUGCAAGGAGUUUGAAGACUUUUUGAAAGAAAGGGCAUCAAUUGAAGAGAAAUAUGGCAAAGAUCUGCUGAGUCUCGCCAGGAAGAAGCCAUGUGGACAGUCUGAGAUCAAUACUUUGAAGAGAGCCCUUGAGGUCUUCAAGCAGCAAGUAGACAAUGUGGCUCAGUGCCACAUUCAACUUGCACAGACUCUAAGAGAAGAGGCCAGGAAGAUGGAAGAGUUCAGGGAAAGACAGAAGCUGCAGAGGAAAAAGACAGAAACGAUAAUGGAAGCUGCUCACAAACAAAAGAACUCACAGUUCAAGAAAGCCAUGGAUGCCAAGAAGAAUUAUGAGCAGAAGUGCAGAGACAAGGAUGACGCGGAGCAAGCGGUCCACCGCAGCGCCAAUGUGGCCAACCAACGGCAACAAGAAAAGCUUUUUGUGAAACUAGCCACUUCAAAGACUGCAGUAGAGGAUUCAGAUAAAGCGUACAAGCAGCACAUCAACUUGCUGGAGAAUGUCCGAGAAGAGUGGCAGAAAGAGCACAUUAAGGCCUGCGAGGUGUUUGAGGCUCAAGAAUGUGAACGUAUCAACUUCUUCAGGAAUGCAUUGUGGUUACAUGUGAAUCAGCUGUCACAACAGUGUGUCACAAAUGAUGAGAUGUAUGAACAAGUCCGUAAGAGUUUAGAAACAUGCAGCAUUGAGAAGGACAUCCAGUAUUUUGUGAACCAUCGGAAAACUGGACAGACUCCCCCAGCACCCAUCAUGUAUGAGAAUUUCUACUCUCCUCAGCGAAAUGCUGCCCCACCAGGAAAGACUACAGGGCCCAAUCCAGCAAGGAGAGGACCUCUCCCAGUUCCUAAGCGUAUACCAGAUGAUCCUGAUUACUCUUUGGUUGAAGAUUACAGUUUGCUCUAUCAGUGACAUCAGUGGAGAAGAGAAAGCUUUCCUCAGCUACUGCUUCUAUGACAUGACGAGAGACCCUGAGAACAGCACAAUCCAUAACCAAAUCAAGCCAAUCAUGAAGACUUUGAUGUGACCCCUUGUUGAAACUUUUUUUUGAUAUUUUAAAUUUGUAGUAGACAUUUGACUCAACCUAGCCGAGUAGAGUUCUACAGAGUCCCUUUUCCCCUCAGAGAGUUUACACACUGCCCUAAAAGGAAGAAUUAUUAUUUCCUGGCUAGUUACUAAGGUUAUGAGUGUUGUUUCCUGUCAGGGAAGCAAAGCCACUCUGGAUUCUGAGUGUCAGCUUGAACAGGGCUGCGGAGGAUGGUGCCAGUUUCCAAAGAUGCUCCUUGGGCUGUGGGAAGGAGGGCCGUGGAAAAAGAGGCACCCUCUCUCAGUGGUGCAGUGUUUGAAAUUACCUUUGUGUUUAGCUGGAUGACUUAGAAGCAUCUGAUUGGACUUGCUCAUUUCACAGAUGAAAAACAAGACCCAGCAGGGUGAGAUCAGUUUCCUUACAAUUCUGACAGCCAACAAGAGACAGAACCAGACCUAGAGCAUAACUUUGUGGCACAGUUCUAGCCCUUGGUGUGGCUGCCAUGCUCCUGCAGGCUGAAUGAGGGAGUAAAGAGUCUGUGCCUGAUGACCUGAGCUCCAUCCCUGGAACCCACAGAAAGAUGGAAGGAGACAACCCAUUCCACGUUGGCCUCUGGCCUCCACACAUGUGCAUAGCAGUGAUUGACAUGCAUGUGGGCAGACAGACACACAGACACAGACGCACACGCACACAUUACAUUUAAAAAGGAUAUUUGGCUAACAUUUUUUUCAGCUAAUAAAAUGACUGGAAUUUAAGUGUCAGAAUUAUUUUUAUAAAAAAUGCAACCUAUUGAAUAAACCACAGGAGAGAGUUUUUAAUCUAUGAGGGCCCUGGAUGGUAAAGUACACCCUUUUUGUGUCUAGGAAGUUAUGUUGGGGGGCUGCUGAUUAAGUUGUGGCAGUCUGUAUGUAGAUGGCCAACUCCAUCUGAUUUUCGAGACAGUACAGUUGGAAAACAAAUAAGAUUAAAAAAAGAUAUGCUAUUUUAACUAUUCCUCAAAAGAGUUUAGGAUUUUUAAAGUUCAAGUUCAAUCUCAGAUUUUUACAGAAAGUCUCCUUCUGCUGUGCUCUGGAACAUUUAAAGGGACGUUCUCAUGGCAGGGAGAUCAUGCACUGUGUAUAUGGCAUUUUACACCCAAGAAAGUAGACACUGUAGUUAGGACAAAGUCUGCAGCAAGGCUUCUUAUUGGUGUGUUGUAAAUGUCUGUGCCACUGCAAAGGAAAAUCACGUUGUUCUCUGUGCAAUAGCUCUCCCAGGACUUUGGACAAAUUGAUUAAAAUAGGAUUGAAACUUGAGUAUGGGAGUGCCUGCCUGUAAUCUCAGCCUGCUGGAAGCUGAGACAGGAGGGCUGUGAGUCUGAGAUCGGCCUGGAUACAUAGUGAGAACCCAUCUCAACCCCUUCCCUACCCAAAGAUCAGCUGUUUCCCCCGAUUUCAAUAUAAGGCGCACCCGGCCGUGCAGCCUCAUGCCACGACAGGAAGUUUGCACCAGUUGGGCAUCCUUUUGAGAAACUCAGGUUUGCAAAGGUCCAUUGACUUCCCCAAACUGGAUAACUUCAAGAAAUUGUCUAUUGAACAUAGAACAUUCUGUUUUUAAGUAUAUUAUUUAUUGUUGGUCUUCAAUGAUUUAUAUUUUCUGUUAAUCAGCAUAACUGAUGUAAAUGUGUUUCAUGAGUGUAAAAUAAUAUUUUAUGGCUUUUUUUUUCUGCUUGACAUGAAUUAAAUAAAAGUUUCUGAUGAUUUGGGA